AUGAUUGCAGAAGGACGGACUCCAGACGUUUGGCAAACUUCUGUGACCGUGCCUGUCUGCAAAGGGAAAGGAGACAUUGUUGACUGCACUUCGUACAGGCCUAUACGACUGUUGUGCCAUACAAUGAUGAUUUUUGAGCGUGUCUUGGAAGCUCUUCUGAGGAAAAUUGUCAGCGUUUCACUCAACCAGUGCGGCUUUGUGAAGGACUGCAGCACUAUAGAUGCUAUCCAUGCUGUCCGUGUCGUCCUGGAGAAACAUUGA